UCAAACUCCUACAACUUCAACGGGCCACUCCAGAAGGGAACUGGGUUCUGUGCAGCGAAUGAUCCAGAGCUCAAGAGGAAGAAGAGAAUCAAGUCCUAUAACGUCUUCACAGUCGAGGGAAAGCUUAAAACAAGUGUCAGAAACGGCUUCAAGUGGAUCAAGAACAAGCUUGGAGAUAUUCGCACUGUUAAGAGUGAAAGUGAAAGAUGGAUCACAGUGUGGAUGCUCAAUACACAGUCUUGAUGACCAUCACCCAUUUCGUGGUGAAAGUGGAGCCUUAAAGGCAUUUGACGAGGCAAUUUCCGUGCUUGACACAUUGGGUCAAGAGUCACACAAAGUUUAUAGUACAUUGAUCAUGCAACUUCUCUGUGACAAUCUAACUUUGUGGAAAUCAUACAUCACGAUAUCUCUUUCUCUCUUGUACUGUAUAAUACUAAAUAUUUCUUGUUUUGCAUUUAAGUGUAGACUUUAAAGUAGAUUUAUUUUUCUGGGCACAAUGUGUAAACCUUUAAUUCUGUUUUCUCCUCUUGGUGGUUGGACAAAGUUAAAUUGUAAAGGAACAAACCAUGUUAUACGGUUCUUUAAUAA